AUGUCGUACCCACCUCGGCCACCCCUGGUGCCGUACGGCAUUGCCCCAGGAGUCGUCACAAUGCCCAUGGCUACUCACAAAGUAAAGAGUCGUGGUGGUUGGUCCCGGGCAGGGAACAUAACGUCGCGCGCGCCGGACGCCAUGAUCCGCGCGCUGCUGGGCGCGUGCGGGCCCGUGCUGAGCUGGAAGCGCGUGUCCACCUUCGGCUUCUGCGAGUUCGCCAGCCCCGAGGCGGCGCUGCGCUGCGUGCGCCUGCUGCACGAGCGCGCGCUGGCCGACAAGAAGCUGCUGGCGCGCACCGACGGCAAGAUGCAGGCGCUCGUCGACACCUACAAGACCGAGCAGCGGUCGCGGCUGGGCGCGGAGGAGGGCGCGCCGGGCACGGAGGGCGAGGCGCCGUACCUGGACGCGCGCCAGCGGGCGCUGGACGCCGCCGCCGAGCGCAAGCUGGCGCAGAUCAUGCUGGACUACCAGCACGACAUCAACAACUACGAGCUGCUGCAGAAGGAGGAGGCCAUCUCGAAGACGGCGCGCGUGCUGGAGGAGGCGGACAUCUCGGAGGAGAAGCGUGACGUCAUCCACCGCGAGAUCGGCAAGUUCCGCGAGAGCAUGAAGGUGCCGCGCGGGCGACGGCGCGGCGCGAGAGGCCACGGAGGAGGCCGACGUCGUGGUGCGCCGCAAGCGGGAGCCGCGCGCCGCCGAGCGCGAGCGCGACCGGGACCGCGACCGCGACCGCGACCGCAGCGAGCGCGCCGACCGCAACGAGCGCGCCGACCGCAGCGAGCGCGCCGACCGCAAGGCAAGGAGCGACGCGACGAGCGGGAGCGAGACAAGGAACGCGAGCGCGAGCGGGAAGAGCGGGAGCGCGACCGCGAGCGGGAGAGGGAGCGGGAGCGCGAGCGCGAGAGGGAGGCUCGCGAGCGGGAGAGGGAGCGUGAAAUGCGCGAGAGAGAAAGAGAAAGGGAGAGGGAACGAGACCGUGAGAGAGAGCGCGAGCGGGAGCGCGAACGUGAUCGCGAGCGUGAGCGCGACCGCGAGCGCGACCGCGAGCGCUCCCGCGAGAGGGACCGCUCGGGCUCGCGCUCGCGCGGCCGCAGCCGCUCCGAGGCCGACUCGCGCCGCGAGAAGGAGAUGGAGGAGGAGGCGCGCGAGAAGAAGCGCCUCGAGAAGAAGGCGCGCGAGAAGGAGGCCGCCUACCAGGAGAGGCUCCGCAACUGGGAGAGCCGCGAGCGGCGCAAGGCCAAGGAGUACGAGAAGGAGCGCGAGCGCGAGCGCUGCCGCGAGGAGGAGCGCGAGCGCGAGGCCAAGCGCCUCAAGGAGUUCCUCGAGGACUACGACGACGAGCGCGACGACCACAAGUACUACAAGGGCAAGGAGCUGCAGCGGCGGCUCAGCGGGCGCGUGCGCGAGGCCGAGGCGGACCGGCGCGAGCGGCAGAAGGAGCACGACGAGCUCGACGCGCUGCGCCGCGAGCUGUUCCACGACCGCGACCACGACGACCCCGCCGCCACCGCCGCCUACGACCAGGUGCCACGCUGCGUCCCACGCCGUUCUGGGACUGGGUAGCCGAUGCGAAAAAUCGCUCAACGGUUGGAAU